AUUGUCUACGAAGGGUAAUACUAAAUAGUAAAAAUUUGAAAAAUUCCAUUAAAAAAAAAACUCUUCGGAAAUGGCUAAUCGUAAGUUAAGUUCGCGGCAAGUUUUGCAUAGAAAUUUCAAGUGAAAAAUAAUUCCCUGAAGUGUGAUAAGUUUGUUCAUGACACAUCCAUGGCUAGUCCUUGCACUCGUCCUCGCCUCCUGUCCGUGGAUGUGGGCGCAACGCGGAUCCGUGUGCCAAGUGCGAGUGCGUAGCAAAUCGGGAAAAUUCGAUAAACAAAGUUGGGUGCUGCGCAACGUCUGCUGCAAGGGCUACGUGGGCAGCCCGGGAAACUGCCGACCCCGCUGCUCGCCCAGCUGUGUGCACGCCCAGUGCACCGCCCCCCAGCAGUGCACCUGCAACGAGGGCUACGAGACAGUCGACAGCAUCGACAGCAGCACCAUGCCAGGCUGCCAGCCCAAGUGCAAUGCCUGUCGCUAUGGGGAUUGCCUGGCGCCCGGCAACUGCCGCUGUUGGCCAUCCUUUGAGAAGCAGCCGAUUGUUGGCUGCGAGCCUGUGCAGCAUCUGAUUUUGCCGGCCGAGAAGUGUCUGAGGGAGGAUUGCAGCUGCUGGCAGAAGUACUUCAGCUGGACACCAUUGCUCACUGGGCAGCCCAAGUGCAUCAGGAUCUGCCAAACGGGACAGCCGAAGCCUUGCCUGGAACUGGACCAAUGCGUAUGCAAUAGCCUCAAUCAUCUCCUCAUUUGCGAGCAGCCGGAGCAUGUGCUGCCCCAGCAAUAUAGCUGUCAAGUGAUCAACAGGCCGCCAAAUGCCCAUCGGAGAAAGCACACGGUUAAGCAUGUAGAUCGAACGGUAUCGACAGAUCCGAGAGAUCGUAAAGAUCGGACAGAUCGGACUACUAAAAUAUUUCCAGUUUGGACUCAUCAUUAUAAUCAAUCAGACGAGGAGUCAAAGAUAAGCCAGGCAAAUCGAGAAGUUCAGUCAGAUCGGCGAGACGAAAUUCAUCAUAUAGUAGAUCAAAAAGAUCAGGAAAGUCGGGCUAAUAACAGGCAUAUUGGAAGUCGAAUAGAUCAUCGCCCAGGUCGGCCGGAUAGGUUAGACAGAAGACAUCGAAAAGAUCAGCUAGAACGGCCAGAUGUGCUAAUUGAGAAAGUGGAUAGAUACCACACAUACGAUUCGGCACAAACCGAUCCCAUCCCACCCAAUCAGACAGAUCGCCCAGUGCAGACUUUUCAUUUAUUUGGAAAACAUAAAAUGAAUCAAACCAACCAAUCGGAUCCAGCAGAUCAAGUAACUGGCUCAGACUGGCGAACUCAGGCAGAUGAAGAUGAGGAGGAUCAGACCGAAAAUAUAUAUAAAAAAGAGCGAACAAAUUGGGAGUACGAGACAGAUGGAUUAGAUCAACCACCCAAACGUAGGAAAGCUAAACGGAACAAACAGAAACCAAUUUUAUUUGGGGCAGAUGAGAUAACUCAAGCAGAUCAUUCAGAUCAGACAGAUCCAGUAAAUCAGUCAGAUCCAGCAACUGAAACAGUUCCAGUUCAACAUAAAUCGGAUUAUCGAUAUAUGACCAAAUCCGAACAGGCGAGUCUUGUAAAAUGGCUCAUCAUUUUGGGCUGCAUUAUAAUCGGAAUUAUUGUUGUUGUGAGUUUGUUUGCUUUAUGUUUCAAAAUGCAGAGUCCCCUCGAUAUAUGUGAACGAGAUAUUAUGUAGAUAAUACUAUCUAUCUGUUUAGCAUACGAAAAUUAGCUGAGUUCAGUUCUCUGCUUCCUUUGACUUUAUAAAUUUGAUAUAAAGUUCUAGGGAGCAAAGAACUGAAAGUCUUACAUUAAAAUAAAUAUGGUGGACCUUAUGCUUCUUUAGACCUUCUUCUCAAUUUACACUCCACAUUUACAUGAUCUCCAAAACUAAGGUAAAAUUAAUAAAGAAAUUCUUUGAUAUCCUCACUUUCUAA